AUGUUUCUCAAUCAAAGGAAAUAUACCUUAGAAUUGCUUGAGGAAAGUGGCUUAUUGGCUACUAAGCCUAGUAUCACUCCCUUUGAUUGCUCCUUGAAGCUUCAUGAUAGUGAAUCGCCACCUCAUGAAGAUGAAACGACUUAUAGGAGGCUUGUUGGAAAAUUGUUAUAUUUAACUACAACAAGACCUAACAUUGCCUUCAUUGUUCAGCAAUUUAGUCAAUUCAUAUCUAAGCCUUUACAAGUUCAUCAUUCAACAGCAAUUAGAGUUCUUAAAUAUCUCAAAGGUGCUCUUGCCAAGGGAUUGUUCUAUUCUUUCUCAUCAACACUCAAAUUUUCUGGCUUUACAGACUCGGAUUGGGCAAGUUGUCAUGCUACUCGCAGAUCAGUGACUGGUUAUUGUGUCUUUCUUGGCACAUCUCUAAUGUCCUGGAAAUCCAAAAAGAAAUCCACUGUCUCAAGGUCAAGUUCAGAAGCAGAAUAUAGUGCUUUGGCUAGCUUAUCUUGUGAAUUACAAUGGCUGCAAUAUUUGUUCCAGGAUCUUCACAUCUCUAUUGAUCACCCUAGCUCGAUAUAUUGCGAUAACAAGAGUACUAUCUACCUUGCUCAUAACCAAUCUUUCAUGAGAGAAGAAAACAUAUAG